AUGCUCGACUGGACCGCCUUCGAGGACGGCCAGUUCUGGACGAGCGGGGGCUUCCACAAGGAGGAGCGGCACGGGGGCGGCCUCACUUGGGGCGGCGGGGGCGCCUACGCUGGCCAGGGCAUGGGCCACUGCACCCCUGCGGCCAUGGGCAGGCAGUCACCGCCCUUCGGACCCGCCGCCCCCCAGUCCGUCGGCCUCGAGGGCAGGCCGCAGCACAAGGGGGAUGACCCAGUUGGGAUGCCCCAGAGUCGCCGACGCGCUCGGCGAGGAGCACGACACGUCAUCGCCGCCACCUUCAAUGCCAACCUCUCCUGGGCUCGCGUCGAGGAGUUCUUGGAAGAGGAAAUCGGCCAGCUCAUCAAGGAGGGCGGCAUCCCCAUCCUAGCGGUGCAGGAGCACGCGAAGCCCGCCGAGUGGUUCCACGUCACGGCGGCGGCGCAAGAGCGACGGGGCUGGCGAGUCGUGGGGGCACCCGCCGCACGUACGGCAGAGGGCGGCAGCUCCGCGGGCGUGGCGUUGGUCACACCGCGAUGCCUGAGCCUCAGCUUGGCGCCAGGACAGGAUUCGUGGGACAUCUCCCCCGCGGGCGCCGCAGGCAGGCUGUGCCUGGGCAUGACCGAGGUCAAGGGCAUUGGUUGGGUGGCCUUUUUCUCGGUGUACCUGUUCACGGGCAAGCCUGUCACCUGGGCCUUGAACGCUGCCUUGCUGGAUACCAUCGUGCACUGGGUCUGCCAGAUGAGGAUCCCCUGGAUGGCCAUGGGUGACUUCAACAAUGAGCCGCACGCCAUUCUCAACAGCCCCUGGAACCAGGAGGCCAAUGGCCAGGUCUUGGCCUGGCAAGGGGAAGGUGGAACGUGCAGGUCCAAGGUGGUAAAGCAGGGUGCGGAGGAGUUCAAGGAUCGGGUCAUCGACUUCUUCUGGAUGGACGCGAGGCUGGCCGUGAUUUUCUGCCCUGUGAAGUCCUUCGAGAACAUGCCCUACAGGCCGCACAGGCCGACUUGGAUCCGCGCCGACAAACCUUGGCACGCAUACCAGAUCCAGGUCCUCAAGGGCCCGAAGCAGCACCCAAUCACGAGGCCACCUCCUGUCAGGCAGCCCGAGAUCCCGCAGAGUUACCCCGUGCCCGACCUGCUACACGGCUCGCAGCGGCACCUGGACCAGUGCUGGUUGGAUUUUUGCUCUGCGGCUGAGGCCGAGCUUCGAUCGCUGUUCGGAUGGACAGAGUCGGAGGCACGCAGGUAUGAGGGCCGAGGCUUGACUCCCGAGGUGGUGCAUAGUCAGCUUCUCCCGAAGCAUGACAGCCCAGUGGCUGAUCGAGGCCCAGCCAGGGCCUGGCGUUGGGCCGCGGGGGAACUGGCCUGGAUUGGCCAACUCGUCUGCUGCGUCUUGCGGGGACAGUCGGCGCCCAAGGCCAAGUCGGAGGCCCUUGCGGGCCAGUUUUCCACCUCGGGGGGAGGGCCUCCUCGGACCUACAACGAGGAGGUCGCAGGCCAGCUCAGGCGAGCCUGGAGGAAGCUGUUCCAGGCGAGACACCACUGGGACCAGCUGGGGCUCUGGAGCGUGGGGAUGCUGUCCACUCUGCGCGCUAUCGCAGACGUGGAGCCCCACAUCAUCGGUGCCCAGGCCAUCCUCGCGCUGCAGCAGUUCGCCAAGAAGCGGGCCCAGUCCUGGGAGCAGCACCUCAUGCGGCAGCGCUCCAAGCGAUUCUAUGAGCGCCUGAGCGCGAAGUUCCCUGGCUCGGGGGGCUGUCUGCAUCGCAUCUGCCACUGGAAGCAGGCGUGGAAGGAGCCCAUCUCGUCGGCCAAGAAGCUGAAGCUGCCUGCUGACCCGCAGCUCGCGGUCACUCAGGAGGCGCAGGAGUGGGCUAGCAUUUGGCGCGCUGGGUCAGGUGACUACACCAAGUUGUGGCAGGACACUCAGGUCCAGCCACAACGGAUGGCCCACGCGCAGAUGCUGCCUGCCAUCGACGCGGUGCAGGUGCGCACCAUAUGCCGCAGCUACAAAUGGAAGACUGGGCUUGGGAUUGACGGCUGGCAUUUUGGGCACCUGGCCUGGCUCAGCGACGAGGCCUUGAAGUGCCUCGGGGACAUCCUCAUGCUGUGCGAGCGGCUCUGCUCGUGGCCUACGUCCAUACGCAUGCUCAUCCUUUUCCUGGUGGCCAAGGAGGACGGUGGCGGCAGGCCCAUCUUCCUGUUUCCCACGCCAGUGCGCAUCUGGGAGGCUGUUCGGGACCCCUCGGUUCGCCAGUGGGAGCGGACCCACGUGAGGCCAUACGACUGGGCAUCACCAGGGCGUAGCAGUGAGCAUGCGGUCUGGAGAGCGAUGUUGGAUGACGGGGCCUUGGAAGGUACCUGUUUCGCAUCUAUCACCGCCUUGAUGGAUUUGGAGAAGGCCUAUGAAUAUGUGGCGCUCAAUUUGAUUUGGAUUCUCGGCAUGGUGCAGCAAGCGCCCAUGAGCGUGUUGGCCCUUUUCCUGGAGUCGUACGCCUUCCCUCGAGCGGUACGUAAGGGCCAGGCCGUCGCCGACCUCAUCUGCACCCAUGUUGGUUUGCCCGCUGGAUCGAAGUACGCCAAUCGCUUCCUGAAGAUGGUGCUGUAUCCUAUCCUGGAUGUCGUGGCCCGCUGGCCAGGGACCAAGCUGGAGAUCACGAAGUUUGUUGACGACUUGGCGCUGCGUAUGGUGGGCAGGAGCGUACAGUUGAGGGCGAUCUUUCCCGACCUGGCCCGCACUCUCAUCCACCUUCUGGAGUCGCUGCUUCAGCUAAAGGUCUCGAAGGGUGUGAGAGGCAAGUCUAAGUUCGUCUCCAGCGACGGCUCUUUGGCACAGGAGCUGACACAGGCCAUGGCGGACAUCGGCCUACAGCACGGUGAGAGCGAGCGCUGGUUGGGAGUUGACUACCAACCUCAGGGCCCUCGGAAGAGGGCCACCAGAUCCAGACGGGCCCAGACGGCCCGAGGCCGCUGGUGCAAGGCGGCGGCUCUCAUGCGCAGAGGGGUGAGGGUGCGCCCUGUGGUGCAGCAAGGCCUCAAAGCGUCAGUGGCGUACGGGGCGACCUGUGCUGGCACCCCUCCCGCAGUCCUGAAGUUCGUCAUGGCCAAGACAGCGGCCGUGCGCGCAGGGGCUGGGACCUUCCGCUCAGGCACCUUGGGCUGGGCGAUUGCGCCGAGGACGGACGGCGCCGAGCAGCUCAGACUGGCCCCACUGCGGGCAUGGAUGCGCGAGGCCUGGGACCAGCCCGAGAGACGGAAGGAGAUGGCGCACGCUUGGGGCCGCCAGUGGCCCAAGGUGCAGAGGGCUCUCGCCUAUGGCCCAGCCAAGUUCGACGCCUGGAGGAUGGUGCGUGGACCAGCUGCAGCUACCAUUCUGACGGUACACGAGCUGGGCUGGCACAUGGAGGACGCCUGGACCAUCCUCGACGGCGCCCACGACAAGUGGGACAUUCGCGAAGUCGCCCCCCUCGAGGUCCUACGUGCCGCAGAGAGGGCGAUCGCGAAGAGGAAGCUCAUGGACUGGGCGUUAGCGGAUGAGAUGCGCCAGCCGCUCCGACCCACCCCCUUCCUGCUGCCAGUCAAGCAGCUCAUGCGCUCUAAGACCACGGAGACCUGGACGAGGCACCACAUCAACAGUGCCAGGACGGUUGCGCUUGGGGGCUACCCCACGCAGAUGGUGUGCUACGAGCGCGGCCAGGUCACCAGCCCGAUGUGCCCAUUGUGCGGCAAGAAAAAGGGCACCUCGAUGCACGUGUAUUUUCUCUGUGAUGCAGACGUUUGCGUCACGAUACGGGAUGGCCUCACCGAGCCGACCCUCAAGAACAGUUUUCGGGACGUGGUAUAUUUGGGCGAGAUGGCCGCCACGAAGGAGGAGCAGGGCUGCAGAGGCGGCGACACGCUCUUCUGGAAAUGGGCUCGCGGCCUGGUCGCAGACCCCGUCGCCGAGUACCAGGUGCCCACGCCGCCCGACGAGUACCAGUGGGGAGAUCCCGACGGCGAGAUGGUGCUGCCGGGCUGGGCGGCCACGGACGGACGCGUCCUGUCCCCCGAUGUGGAGGAGAUAUCCACGGCAGGCUUUGCCGCCAUCACCUGGUGCGAUGAAAAGAAGAGUGAGAUCCAGUCUUUGUUCGGUGCAGUGCCUGUCGCGAGGCCCACAUCGGCCCAUUGUGAGAUUUGGGCUGUGUAUCAGGCUGUGAAGCACUCUGUAGGGCUCGUAGGGCUCCUUUUGGACAGCAAGCAGGUUGUUCAGGGGCUCUUGGCUGGCAAAGAUUUGUGUGUGAACAGCGAGCAGAUAACCGCGCACCUCUGGAAGCUUGUUUGGGAUGCCCUGGAAGAUCAGGGCCUCGUCCCAGGUGAGUCCCUUCAAGUUGUCAAGAUUAAGUCUCACAUGACCAAGAAGCUGCUGCGGGAAUGCGAGGGCCCGUUGACGAAGGGUAUUGCCGCCCAUCGGUGGCGGAGGCUCUAUCGUGACCGUAUCCUGGACGGUAAGAACCCGUACACGGGAAAGCCCGUGCGCGAGCAGGAUUGA